AUGGCAUACUCGGAGACCAAACCAGCCGUUAUCUGUGUAUUCUGCGGCUCCGUGCCAGGAAACAGCCCAGUACAUAUGGAAGCGGCCCGAACCCUCGCCGAAGAAUUCCAUAAACACAAUGUGCAAUUAGUCUACGGCGGUGGCACAACGGGCCUGAUGGGCGAAGUAGCGCGCGCGCUGGUCUCGCUCUCGGGCCCAAAAGCCGUACACGGCAUCAUCCCACGCGCACUAGUCAAAAUUGCAACCGUCGGCGCCAUGCGCGACCACCACGAAGGCCAGUCCAGUGCGGAAGGACCUGGCAAAGCCGCCGAGCGGGUUAUCGAUGCUUCUGAUGCUAAUGGAAUCCCCGAGUCGGAGUACGGCGUUACAACCAUCGUCGCCGAUAUGCAUACGCGCAAGCGUAUGAUGGCAGAGAAGGUCCUCGAAGGUGGGCCUGGGUCUGGGUUUGUUUCGCUGGCUGGUGGGUUUGGAACUAUUGAGGAGGUCAUGGAGAUGACGACGUGGAAUCAGUUGGGGAUUCAUAAGGUUGGUGUUGUGUUGUUGAAUAUCAAUGGGUACUGGGAUGGGUUGUUGGCUUGGGUGCGCAAUGCUGUGAAGGAGGGAUAUAUCAGUGCUAGCAAUGGGGAGAUUCUUGCAGAGGCCAAGGAGGUUUCCGAGGUCUGGCCGAAGUUGCUGGCUUAUCAAGUCAGUAAUGGGCGGAUGCAGUUGAACUGGGGAGAAGAGUGA